AUGGACCGUCGGCGAGCCCAAAAGCUGGUGGACGUGCUCAAGAACGAGCUUGACGAUACCCAGUACUCCGAUGAUGAUCUCAUUGAGCUCACCAACGAGGUGCCCAAGGAUUAUGUCCCCGACGCCGUGUCCAAUAUCUUUGGCAAAACGGACUUCUCCUACCUCAGGCUCAAGCCCGACCACUUUCUGAGACCGUUAUGGAUCAGUCCCAACGACGGACGUAUCAUUUUGGAGCUGUUCUCCCCGCUUGCCGAACAGGCCCAGGAUUUCCUCAUCACCAUCGCCGAGCCCAUCAGUCGUCCCCUGCACAUCCACGAGUUUAAGAUCUCAGUAUACUCGUUGUACGCCGCCGUCUCGGUGGGGCUAGAAACUGAAGAUAUCAUUCUGGUGCUUAACCGGUUGCUGAAAGUUCCCGUAGCGGAACUGAUUGUCCAGUUUAUCCGUCAAGCCACUGUGUCCUACGGUAAAGUGAAGUUGGUGCUUAAAAAUAACCGCUACUACGUCGAGAGUACGCAAGCGGAUAUCCUCCAGAUGUUGCUUAAAGACCCGGUCAUUGGCCCGUUGCGGGUAGCCACUACCGAACAAGCGGCGAAACCCGCCACCGACGAUGGCGAGGCUCCCGCUCCCGAGGUGGAAACUGACGUGUUUGCGGAUAAUGACGAUCUCGAUACCGUCCACCUGUUUGAGAUCCUCAACGACUCGGUGGAAAUCGUGAAAAGGCGGUGUCAAGAGAUCGAGUACCCGGUGUUGGAAGAGUACGAUUUCCGUAACGAUCAGCGUAAUACCGAUUUGGAAAUCGACUUGAAGCCGCUGACACAAAUCAGACCUUACCAGGAGAAGCUGUUAUCGAAAAUGUUCGGUAAUGGUCGUGCCCGGCUGGGGAUCAUCGUGUUGCCCUGUGGUGCCGGUAAGACGUUGGUGGGGAUCACUGCCGCGUGCACCAUUCGUAAAUCGGUGAUUGUGUUGUGUACACUGUCGGUAUCAGUGAUGCAGUGGCGACAACAGUUUCUCCAGUGGUGUACUAUCCAACCGGAGAAUGUCGCCGUAUUCACCCUGGACAAUAAGGAAAUGUUUACUCUGGAGCUGGGGUUGGUGGUGCUGACGUACUCGAUGGUGGCCAACACGCGGAACCGGUCCCACGACUCGCAAAAAGUGAUGGACUUCUUACAACUGAGAGAAUGGGGGUUCAUCAUUUUGGACGAAGUGCAUGUGGUGCCGGCAGCGAUGUUCCGGCGGGUGGUGACAACGAUCGCCGCCCACGCUAAGCUUGGAUUAACCGCUACUUUGGUGCGUGAAGACGAUAAGAUUAACGAUUUAAACUUCUUGAUUGGUCCUAAAUUGUAUGAGGCUAACUGGAUGGAUUUGGCGCAAAAGGGUCACAUCGCCAAUGUCCAGUGUGCCGAAGUGUGGUGUCCGAUGACGCUGGAGUUCUACCAGGAAUACCUUCGGGAACUGCCGCGUAAACGGAUGCUUUUGUACAUCAUGAACCCCACCAAGUUCCAGGCGUGUCAGUUCCUCGUCCACUACCAUGAAAAACGGGGUGACAAGAUUAUCGUGUUCAGUGACAAUGUCUACGCCCUUAAGCAGUACGCGUUGAAGCUUAACAAGCCGUUUAUCUACGGUUCCACCCCGCAACAAGAAAGAAUGACCAUUUUGCAAAACUUCCAACAUAACGACCAAAUCAAUACCAUUUUCCUUUCCAAAGUCGGUGAUACCCUGAUUGAUUUACCUGAAGCCACUUGUCUUAUCCAGAUCUCGCUGCACUACGGGCUGCGGCGGCAAGAGGCCCAGCGGUUGGGGCGGAUUUUGCGGGCCAAACGGAGAAACGAUGAAGGGUUUAAUGCGUUCUUCUACUCGUUGGUGUCUAAGGACACUCAAGAGAUGUACUACUCGACGAAACGGCAAGCGUUCCUCGUCGACCAAGGGUACGCGUUUAAGGUGAUUACCCAUUUACUGGGGAUGGAACAGCUCCCUGACUUGGCGUUCUCCACCGCCCGUGAACGUCGUGAGCUUUUGAAAGAAGUAUUGUUAAAGAACGAAGAAGCCGAAGUGGAAGUGGGUGACGAUAUCGACACUAACUUCAUCUCUAAGGAGAAGCGGAUGAGACUUGAAAAUAACGCCGGUACCGCCAACUCGAAAGCUAACCGUCUGGCCGGUUCGUUGGCCGGGUUGUCGGGAGGUGAAGACAUGGCCUACAUCGAGUACAACAAGAGCAAGAACAAGGAGUUGCGCGAGAGCAGCUCGAUCAUGAAGAAGUUUUACAAGCGCAAGUAG